AUGGCCGUAUUUCCAUUGCCCCAGCUUGAAGAUAAUGCUGUAUUAUUACCCAGUUCCCAAACGAACUCAACGCAGCCUCAGCUAUGUGACGUAUGGAGAGAUAUACCAGGUGCCCGUAAUUGGAAUGGUUUGCUUGAUCCCAUGGUUCCCAAUUUAAAAGCUGAAGCUCUCAGAUAUGAGAAUUUGGCACAGCUUUGUUACGACGCAUUUGAUGGCAAAAGCUACUCCAAAAACUACGGCACAUGUUAUCACAGUAAAAGAGAUCUGUUCAAUAAGAUGGGCAUGUCUGAAAGUGGCUACCACGUCACUAAAUAUGUUUACGCCAAUACUAAUCUGUUAAAUCAAGUUUUUGGUGAGAAACCAAAAGACCAAGGUGUUUGGUUGGGUUUUAUUGCAGUUUGCACGGAUCCAAAUGAGAUAAGAAGGCUUGGACGACGAGACAUAAGGACAGGCAAAAACCAAGAGCAUCAUUUCGCGGAUGGAGUACUAAUUGAGACAGGAUUCCUGAGCUGCUAUACUUCAACUAUCCGUCACCGUCAAGGCUUUGCAGGAGCCACCGUGAACAUCAGCACCAGAGAUUUGGUAGUCUCAGAGAUAAACCGAUUGAUUCAAGUUUAUGAAAAAGAGAUGGACAAUUUAAGCAUAACAUUUACCCGACACAGCUUAGGAGCUGCUCUUAAAACCUUGAGCGCUUAUGAUAUCAAACAAAUGCUUUGCACCAAGCAUAAUUUUCAUCAAAUUCCCGUCACCGUCUUCGCUUUUGCCUCUCCCCGGGUGGGAAAUCUUGCGUUUGCUAAACGGGUGGAGGAGAUUCGAGUGAAAGUGCUGAGGUUUGUGAACAAGCGUGACCUGGUUCCCAAAGUGCCCGGAGUUUGUAUGAACGAGAAUGUGCGAUGUCUCAGCAAAUUGCUGCAUUGGCUUCCGUGGACAUACUUUCAUGUUGGCGUCGAGCUUCCUUUACACAACAAUUCUCCAUUCAUUCAGCACACCCAUAAUCUUGCCUACUUUCAUAAUUUAGAGCUUUACUUGCAUUUACUGGACGGGUACGUUGGAAGUAAGCAGCCGUUUUCUUGGAGCGGAAGAGAUCAUGCUCUGGUUAAUAAGAGUUGUGAUCUAUUGCGCGAGAAAUAUGAAAUUCCUCCAAAAUGGUGGCAGGAACAGAACAAGGGCCUCGUUAAAGGUCCAGAUGGCAAAUGGACGCAGCCAUCAGAAGAGAGGAAUAAUUCAUGUCUCACUCAACUCCAGAUGACAUCAACGUCCAACGUUCUGCGCUGCAAUGUCACCACAACUCUUAACCUUAAGCGUGAAAUGAAAUCAACUAUGCAGGAGUUCAUAGCUGUGGAUGAUACAGAUUAG